CACGUUUGCUCAGAGACUUUUUCCAAAUCAUCAGUUUUUGUGUGAAUCAGCUGUUUUUAGAUCACUUCGGUUCUACAUCCCACCGCCUUGAAGCUUAUCGUAACCGCCGCUGUCCGCAUUUGAACGCCACACCUGCUCCUCCCGCCCUCCGGCUGCCCACAAGCCGACCCAAGGCUCCGUACACCCGCCGCCGCCGCACAGAGAGGAUGGGGUCCGCUGGCCGUCUGCUCGCCGUGCAGCUGCUGCUGCUGCUGGUGCAUCCGUCUGCCGGCUUCUGGAUCAUGAACGUCGUCUUCCCUCCGAACAGCAGAGUCAAGGAGACGAGCAACAACAACACAUCCCCACUCAUCAUCGUACCAGGAAGUUUGGGGAACCGUCUGGAAGCCAAAAUAGACAAACCAGCUUUGGUCCACUGGAUGUGCUUCAAGAAGUCCGACCACUGGUUUCCUAUCUGGAUCGACCUGAACAUGUUCAUGCCGAUCGGCGUGGACUGCUGGAUUGAUAACAUCAGACUUGUUUAUAACAAGACAACCCGGCGAUCCUCCAAUUCACCUGGGGUGCAGGUGAGAGUACCUGGAUUUGGGGAAACCUAUACCAUAGAGUUUCUGGACUACAACAACUUAGCUGGUUAUUUUCAUUCUAUGGUGGAGCAUUUGGUCAAUGUAGGUUACGUCCGCAAUGAGACUGUCCGUGGCGCUCCGUACGACUGGAGAUUAGCUCCAAAUGAGAACUCGGAAUACUUCAUAAGGCUGCAGGAGCUGGUGGAGGAGAUGUAUAACCAGUAUCAGAAACCAGUUUACCUGCUGGGGCACAGCAUGGGUGGACACUACGUCCUUUACUUCCUCAACAACCAGCCUCAGGCCUGGAAGGAUACAUACAUCAGAGGCUUCAUUUCCCUGGGAGCACCAUGGGGUGGCGCUGUUAAAGUACUUAGAGUCAUGACUUCAGGUAACAACGAUGGCAUCCCAAUGCUUUCUAACAUUAAACUCCGUGAGGAGCAGAGGAUGAUGACAACCAAUCCUUGGAUGCUACCAUCUGAGGAUGCCUGGCCAAAGGACCAUGUCUUCAUCUCCACGCCAUCAGUGAACUACACAAACCAGGACUACAAGCGCUUAUUCACGGACAUUGACUUUGAGAAUGGCUGGCACAUGUGGGAAGACACCAAGAACCUGACUGGUGCUCUCCACCCGCCUGGCGUUGAGGUGUGGUGCAUGUACGGCGUCGGGCUUCCAACUCCUGUGACGCAUAUUUAUGAUGAAGAUUUUCCAAAUGCAGACCCGGUGGACUAUGUUUAUGCCGACGGGGAUGACACAGUGGACAGCUUUAGCAUGAGUCUGUGCAAACGCUGGGAGGGCCAGCAGGAGAAGCCAGUCCAUGUGACGGAGUACAGAGGACUGGCCCAUCUAGACAUGGUGUUCCACGAAAAAGUGCUCCAUCAAAUCCAGCAAAUCCUGGAGGGCAAAUCAGACGUCCCCAAGGAAAUUGAUGUACGAUUGGAUUAACAAGCGCACAAGAAAAUGCAGUAGUUCAAAAAAAUUCUGUUUGAGUUUUUUGUCAGUUUUAGUGUCAAAAUAAAAACAAUGUUACAUUGCUUCUUUAUGCUGAAGUAGGAGCACCAUGUCAAAUCCAUUUGGAUGAAGAAAAGUUGGAUAGGGGUGUUAUAUUUUGAUUUUAACAGUCUUGGUUUUAAAUAUGUUUAAAACCUAUGAAAAAGUAACUUUAAAAUUACUGUCCUGACUUUAGCAGUGGCAUGCCACAUCUCUCUGUAGCAUCAGUUGAAGCCCAAUUACAUUUUUCAUUAUUUGUGUUUUGUAAAGAUUUUUAAUCUGAGUAUUUUCAAAUGUUAUUCCACUCGUCUGUCCAACAGUGACAAAACAAAGUUAUAAUGUACCUUAAAGAGAAUGCUAAUGUAGCACGCCACGCUAAAAAACACAUGCUAUUAUGUUUUGUCCGCCUAAUACUAGAUGACAUAAAAAAAGACUUUUAGCAUAAUGUGAAACUGUACAUCUCAUUAAUAAUAGUCUGUAUUUUGUUUUUUAUGUUGGCCCUCUUAUGUUGUGUCUGUGUUGCCUCAUCACAAUGUGAUUUUAAAUUUUGUAUUUGUAAUUGACGCCCGAUCUCUUGUAAAGGUUGCUGCACGCACAGCUUUUUGCUUGCUUUUAUCAUAAAUGUUUCCUUUAGGAUUUAUUUGUUUGUAAAAUACAGAACUGUUUUUACAUUCAGCCUGGUAGAGUAAAUUAACGUCUUGAGACCUGGCGUCCACAGACAACACAUUGUGGCUUUUAUUUUCACUGUUGUUCAUCAGAAUCAGAAUCACUUUAUUUGCCAAGUACAGCACAUGUACAGGGAAUUUGACUUUAGUUACUUGUGCUCUUGUGCAAUUCAUGUUCAUUCAUUAAUGUUCAUUCUGAUUACUUACUCUUGAGGCCCUGGGACUAUGAAAAAAAAGGAUACCAAUCAAGAGUUCGGGUCUCAAGAGGUUAAACCUCCAAUUCUUCUUAUCGUCUUUACAUGAUGUAAAUGUUGAUAUAUUUCUGGUAAAUCUCUUCAAAAACAAGUGUUUUUACAUGUA